AUGUUUUUAGAACUUGCACCUUCACAAGAAUCUUCAAAUUGCAUUGAAGUGCGUAAAUCAAUUUUAAAAACUGGCAAUUUGCAAUAUCCCCAAAAACUAUAUGAGUUAGAUGAUAAAGGAAAUUUUGCUCUAACACCUGAAGGAAAAAGGAUUGAAUCACCGGAUAGAGUUGGACCUGAAUUUUGUUUAGCUUGCAAAAGUGAUUAUUCGAUGAUUAUUAAUGGUAUACAUUUCCGUCGAAAUGACUGUAUUGAAGAUAAAAACCCAGAUCCAAAAUGUAUUUAUUCAACAUGUUUUUACUGCAAGACUGUGAAAGGUUCCAACGAUGCAAAUUGGUAUUGGAAGAAUCCGGAAGGUGAAUGGAUUCUUGUUAAUCUUAUGGAUUGUUAUACAAAUAAAGGAUUAAAUGACUAG